CAUUAUUCAAUUCUAAUGAAUUUUAUAAAGAAGGGAAAGGUGAAAGAAAUAAAUGCUGAUGCUCCACACCUUGGCAUGAUGAUUGAUUGAUUUAUUUAUAAAGAAACUAAAAACAAGAAACCAGAACCAGAACCAGAUUUCUUUCUUUUCUUGGGUAAAGGAUUUCUUUCUUUUCUUUGCCUUUUGCCUUUUUGAUCUUUACCAAUAUCAACCCAAACAAAAAAAUCUCAUUUUAAUUAUUUCCCACUUCAAGAUUCAUCCUCAAUUUCAGUUUUUUAAAUCACCCAUCUGUUUGGUUUGAUCUUUAUGCUCAUUUCAAGAAUCUUGAAUUGGAAUGCUUUGAUCAGGUUAGAGAUCAAUGUUUUGGGUACAAGAUGAUAUCCGAAAAUUUAGUGGGUGAAGCAUCACUUCAUCAAGAACUCGAGGUUUUAAGUGUAUCGAAACGCUUAGUUAGAAGCCUAAGCCAGAAGAUAAAAAGAAAGAACCAUGAAGAUGAGCCAAACGGGAUUUCGCUGAGGUGUCCAGCUCUAUACACUCGUGGCGGCGGCUGCAAAGUUGGUGCAACCACCGGUGAUGAGUUUGGUGAAAUCGGUUGUCGAAGGCGUUCUGCAAGUUCCAUCGAAGAUGGAAAAGGGUAUAAGCCCGUAUGCGGGCCUGAGGAUACGAAUGUAGAUUGCUUUUCACAUGGGUUAAAAGAAAGGUUCCGGAGGAGAAGUAUUCGGAAAGCUCCGGAAGUCGAAGGCGUACAUGUGUUUUUACCGGAUGAUAUUGUGGAGAUGUGUUUGGUUCGACUCCCGUUGACUAGUCUUAUGAAAGCCCGUUUAGUAUGCAAAAAAUGGAGGUUUUUGACCACAACGCCUCGGUUUAUGCAAAUGAGGCGUAACAGGCUCUAUCAGAGCCCGUGGUUGUUUCUUUUCGGGGCGGUUAAAUCUGGUUUUUGCUCACACGAAAUACACGCGUUUGAUGUUUCAUCAAACAAAUGGCAUACAAUCAGUUCAGAAGUUAUUAAAGGCCGGUUCAUGUUUUCAGUAGUUAGUAUUCAGGAAAAUGUCUACAUUGUUGGGGGUUGUUCUAGUUUAACCAAUUUCGGUAAACUGGACCGAAGUUCGGUUAAGACCCACAAAGGCGUUUUGGUGUUUAGCCCGUUAACAAACUUGUGGCAUAAGGUUGCGUCCAUGAAACACGCGAGGUCAAAACCAGUUCUUGGUGUAUGUGAAGUCAACUCCGAUAGUUUGACCAUCAAAACUCAACAUACUCGACAAGAUCGACGUUUGGUCAGAACACGAAUCAAUGGAAUAUCCGACGUAUAUGAGGACCCACAUAGGCUUUCGGUUAGGCGUCAACUAAGAUACCCUUUCGAUGAACCCGAGGUUACGUUGAGACCAAAAAACGAAAACCCAAGUGGGAAAGACUCUAGAAGGUUCUUAAUUAUCGCUGUAGGCGGUGUCGGAUCGUGGGACGAACCGUUAGAUUCUUGUGAAGUUUACGAUUCUUCGUCCAAUAAAUGGACCGAAGUCCAAAGAUUACCGGUUGAUUUCGGGGUUGUGUGUUCGACCACCUUUUGUAACGGGUUGUUUUACGCGUACUCAGAAAGCGACAAUCUUGCAGCGUAUGACAUCGAAAGGGGUUAUUGGUUUAGAAUCCAAACAACCACAUUACCACCCCGUGUGCACGAGUACUACCCGACGAUUAUUUCGUGUGAGAAUCGGUUGUUUAUGGUGUCGGUUUCUUGGUGCGAAGGGGAUGGCCAAAUCGGGAGAAGAAACAAAGCGGUUAGAAAACUAUGGGAGCUUGAUCUUGUUUAUCUUAACUGGGAAGAACUGUCCACACAUCCAGAUGCACCUAUGGAUUGGAACACAACAUUUGUUGGUGACAAAAAUAUGAUUUUUGGGGUUGAAAUGUUCAAGAUUUUUGGGCAGGUGUUGGAUUUUUUGACAAUGUUUGAUGUUUCUGGUGGAUCAAAGAAUUGGGUUCAUGUUUCAAGAAAUCAAGUGGCUCAUGAGUUGGAUGCGAGUUCGUGUGCGACGAAAAUGAUGGCGGUUUUGCGUUUGUGACACGCAAAUCGAGGAGCUCAUGAGUUGGAUAAAUCUAGUGUGAUGUGUAUGGGCGGAACUAGAGAGGGUUUGUUGGUGAUCCUGUUUUCUUAGCAAGGGUAUGGUGUUAUCGUUUUCUUUUAGUUUAACCGUAUAAAUUGUUGUCACGACAAAAAGAAUUAUCAUAGGCUUAUAGCAUGAUAUAAUGAACAUUCUAUUUGUUGUUUGAUUUGAUAUUAACCCAAGUUGUGAAGUCAAAUUUCUGAAUUG